AUGCCAGAAACGUCAGCCGCCUUGAUAGAUCAAUUGGUGUACAUCGAUAAUUUCCUUAAUAAUGGAACAGGAGAUACUCCCCAACUAGAUGUCGAUGGACAACUUUCCUUAGAUUUGGCUGCAUUUGCUGACGAUUCGUUUAUUUUUCCUGACGAAGACAAGCCUAAAGACCCCUCAAAUGGUGACAACGACGAAAACAACUUCACUUCCAGUAAUGGUCAUAAUGACAAAAAUGUCCCUGAAAUGACUUCACCUCUUUUGAAUGAUAUUAGUACGUCUUGGUUGAAUUCCAAUGAGCACCACCCUCCUUUUGAUUACGACAGCGCUAGGCAAGCAGGCCAGAAAGCUCUAGCUAGUAUAAACCUGAAAGCAAGAAAUGGGGCAUAUCUUGAAAAUGCACUUAAUGCAAAUGACCAAGAUCAAAAAGAUGAGAGAGCCGCGGAGGCAUCAGCUUUUCACCAAAACUCCCAACUGAACGAACAACGUAAACUGCGUCAAAGCACAAUCAAUGAAAUUAUCCCCGACCUUUCCCAUGUGCCAAAAUUCCCCGUGCCUCCUGGUGCAGAGUCGUCGCUCAGACAAGCUGGUUUAACGCAUAAUCAAAUUGAUCUUUUGUCUGCUUUGAUUGCCCAGCAUCAAAACUCACUCGGUAGGUCUAUAAAUGGAAGCAAACUGGGAGAACAAACAUCAUACACGCAGAACGAUCGCUUAGAAGAUGUCAAGUCACAUAUUGUCGAAACGCCGACGUUGCUCUCGUCAAGUGGAUCAACAGUUGAAAGAAGAAACGAUGACAACGGGCAACGAGUAGCGCAAAGAGGGAGAUUGACCAAUGCUGUUGAGAGUCCAGCAAGUAUUACUUCGAACUACAGUUCCGGAUAUAGUAGUGGAGGUAACUCUGUCCUUUCCACUCCCCAAACGGCGUCUCGGGGUAGUAUAAGUGGAGGUAGCAAUGGCAAUAAUGCAUAUAAUGAGCUUGACAAGAGGAAAAGAAACACAGCAGCAAGUGCUCGGUUCAGAAUUAAAAAGAAAAUGAGGGAGAAGGAGAUGGAGAUCAAGAUUCAGCAAUUGGACGACCUAAUCAAGGAAUUUGAAAUCAAAAUUACGGAGUUGGAGAUGGAAAAUCGCCUUCUCAAAAAUUUGAUUAUCGAGAAAGGAAAUCAAAAAUCAAGCCAGGAAUUAUUAAGCUUGAAGGAAAAGGCCCAGCGUAAAUAG